ACAGAGAGAGAGAGGGAGGAGAGAGUGGGGCAAUCGACCUGGUUAUUGGUUUUGUGCUUUCCACCGAAUCGCACCACCGCCUUCUCAACUCUCCAAGCUCAAGUUUUUAGUGCCCACCAGCGGUUCGCACGGCGCGAGGUGGCCGGCUUACUGAUUCAGACAACUGGGUUUAGUGGUUUUUAAAUAAAAAAAAAUACUUAUUUGUAAAAAAUUAAAAAAUCUUUCUUCUUUUCUUGGGUUUGUGAUUUUUAUGGGGAUUUGGUUUUUUGGGUUUUCUUUUUAAUAGGUGCAAGCUUCCAAUUGCUAUAUAAAUGGGGAGUGGUAGAUUUUGGGGUGUGUGUGUGUUUGUUUACUUAUGAGGCUAAUGGGUCUCAUUGCUGAUGGCCGCAGAGGAGCUCUGAGUCUCUUGCAUCUGCUGCAAGCCUAAGAUCUGCAGCUGUUUUAAUUCCAAUCUGGGUUUUCAAAACGUUUCUCAGUGCUGUGAGACGGUCUACAGGAAAUGGAAAUUAAAGUUCGUGGCUUUACGAUUGUAGUUUCGAAACUUUAAUCUGUGUUUACUGUUAAAUGGAUUGAAGAAGUUGUUGUUUGGGUGCAAUGUUAAAGGCCUUAGCAUCUUGGCUAUCAGUUUCAUUGCUCCUAUUCUGUGUUUCUGCGUCGGAUAACGGAUACCCACGGUGCAAUUGUGACGAUGAUGGCAGCUUGUGGAGCAUCGAGAGCAUCCUAGAAUGUCAGCGAGUGAGCGAUUUCUUGAUCGCUGUGGCCUACUUUUCAAUCCCCAUUGAGCUGCUCUACUUUGUCAGCUGCUCGAAUGUACCAUUCAAAUGGGUUCUCUUUCAGUUCAUUGCCUUCAUUGUGCUAUGUGGAUUGACACAUCUACUCAAUGGCUGGACUUACGGCCCUCACCCGUUCCAGCUUAUGCUGGCUCUCACGGUUUUCAAAAUUCUUACUGCUCUGGUCUCAUGUGCCACUGCUAUAACACUCAUCACUCUCAUCCCUUUGCUUCUCAAAGUGAAAGUGAGAGAAUUCAUGCUGAAGAAGAAGACUUGGGAUCUUGGGAGGGAGGUUGGGCUUAUAAUGAGACAGACAGAAGCUGGAAUGCAUGUUCGGAUGCUCACCCAAGAAAUUCGCAAGUCGCUUGAUAGGCAUACAAUACUGUCGACAACACUUUUUGAGCUAUCCGAGACAUUGGGUUUGCAGUACUGUGCAGUUUGGAUGCCCAAUGAAACUAAAACAGAGAUGAUUCUCACCCACGAGCUGAAAGGGAGGAAUUAUUCUCAUAUGUACAACUUUUGUAUACCUAUAAGUGAUCCUGAUGUGAUACAUAUCAAGGGGAGUGAUGGGGUGAACAUCCUAAGGCCUGACUCUGCACUUGUUCAUGCCAGUGGUGAUUCAGGUGAGCCAGGACCAGUAGCUGCAAUUCGGAUGCCAAUGCUUCGGGUUUCCAAUUUCAAAGGAGGAACUCCGGAGUUGAUCCAGACUUGUUAUGCAAUACUGGUUCUGGUCCUCCCUGGUGGACAACCUAGAUCUUGGAGUAGCCAGGACCUGGAGAUAAUUAAGGUAGUUGCUGAUCAGGUUGCCGUGGCUUUAUCCCAUGCUGCAGUCCUCGAAGAGUCUCAACUCAUGAGGGAGAAAUUGGCCGAGCAAAAUCGAGCCUUGCAACAGGCAAAGAUGAAGGCUAUGAUGGCAAGCCACGCAAGAAAUGCAUUCCAAAAGGUAAUGAGUGAUGGGAUGAGGAGGCCAAUGCACUCAAUUUUGGGUUUGCUUUCUUUGAUGCAGGAUGACACUUUGGAUAGAGAUCAACGAGUUAUUGUUGAUGCAAUGGUGAGGACGAGCAAUGUCCUAUCAACCUUGAUAAAUGAUGUGAUGGACAAUUCGGCAAAGGAAAGUGGAAGAUUUCCAUUGGAGGUGAGAUCUUUUGGGUUACAUGGAAUGAUAAAGGAAGCAGCUUGCCUUGCCAAAUGCUUGUGUGUAUUUAGGGGCUUUGGUUUUGCAAUUGAUGUGGACAAGUCCUUACCUGAUCAUGUCAUGGGGGAUGAAAGACGAGUGUUUCAAGUGAUUUUGCAUAUGGUUGGAAGCCUGUUAAAUGGAAACAACGUGGGAGGGUUCGUAAUGUUUCGGGUUGCUUCUGAGAAAGGGAGUCAGGGAAGGAGUGAUCAAAGGUGGGCAGCCUGGAGACAUAGCUCGUCUGAUGGUGAUGUGUGUGUUAGAUUUGAGCUUGGGAUAAGCAAUAGUGGCUCUCAGUCAGAGGUCACAACACCAGCAGUGCAGCUUGUUGGUAGAAGAUACACCAGUGAAGGUGUUGAUGAGGGUUUGAGCUUCACCAUUUGCAAAAAGCUAGUGCAGAUGAUGCAAGGAAAUAUAUGGGCAGUCCCUAACCCUCAAGGAUUUGCUCAAAGCAUGGCACUUGUUCUUCGGUUUCAACUUCGUCCCUCCAUUGCAAUAGCCAUCUCUGAACCUGGAGAAUCAUCUGAGCACCCACAUUCCAAUUCACUUUUCAAAGGCUUGCAAGUUUUAUUAACCGAUGAUGAUGACGUGAACAGGGUUGUGAUGCGGAAAAUGCUCGAGAAGCUUGGUUGCAUUGUAACUGCCGUUUCAUCUGGAUUCGAAUGUCUUUCUACUAUUGGUACUUUUGGUCCUGCUGGAUCUUCAUUUCAAGUUGUUUUACUUGAUCUUCACAUGCCUGAGUUGGAUGGUUUUGAAGUCGCAAUGAGAAUCAGAAAAUUUCGAAGCCUUACUUGGCCAUUGAUCAUUGCCGUAACUGCUAGUGCUGACGAAGAUGUGUGGGAUAGAUGUAUGCAAACAGGAAUCAAUGGGGUUAUCCGAAAACCAGUUCUGCUGCAAGGGAUAGCGAAUGAGCUACGAAGAGUCUUGCUGCAGGCAAACAAAGGGAUGACAUAAGUUGCAUAUCAAGUUCCGACCAAAAAUCCGGCAUUGGGUGUUACGCGAUGCCCUGCUUCAUCUCGUGUACGGUUGAGAUUGUUAUAAUUGCAUAGAUAGUUCCAGAUGUGAUCACAGGUAAUAUUUAGUUGUCUUGUAAAAGAAUGGAAAAAAUUUGGCAAGAAAAAGUUUGUUGGAAAACCAGAUACUGUAGAGAAAUAAGAAAUAUCUGCAGAAAUUGAGUAGAGUUAAAAAAUCAGCAGUUAAUUCUUUGUAUGUUAUGUAGCUGGUGAAGGAGGUUUAUAGUUUUUGAGUUAUGAAAAAGACAUCACAGUCAAAUUAUACAA